AGAGGAUGGGCAUAUUGUAGUACCACAUGUAUGACGUGCCGCAGUACAGGGAUAUCUGCUGCACCGCAGCUCUGAGCCUUUGUUAUACCGCAGACCGUGGCAGCUAUAAUCCAACAGAUUCGCUUCAAAGAGAACAUCCUAAUCUCAAAGACUAUUCCAGAGAGGGUUUGCGAUUCACAAGGCGUACUGCUAAUUUCUACCCCUCGGUGGCGUUUAGGAUAAAAGGCGGCACUUUAUGCGCCCUUCUUCAGGGGAUAAUACCGGUGAAAUCACUUGCGGCCACGACCCAUCACUGCAUAUUAAAUAUUUAUUGCCAUUGGAAACAACCAAUUUUACAAGAAUGCACUUGCUUUUCAAUAUUGCAUCUGCUGCGUACGUGAGCAGUGGCAUAUUCCUUUUCAUUUCAUUACAUUGCAUCGAAGGAAGACGCUUGCACCGGGACUUUGUCAAAUAGUUGAAAUCUUGGCGUGUCCGUGGUGUGUGCCGUAACCCUUUUACACUUUGCAUAGCCAGGAUGAUGACUACGCCUCUGCCUCCUCCUCACCAUCACAACUCAUCGAUCCCCACGGCAUGGGGCAGCCUUCCCGCCGAGACACCAGCCUCUCCCGUCGCUGCUACCCCGGCUGUCUUCCUUCCAGACUUGCCGCUGAGAUCUUGGCUCUUCAUGGCUGGAUACUGCGCACUUUUCGUGCUGUGUCUGGUGGGUGACAUCGCCGUGGCAGUCAUGGUACACGGGUUGGGGAAGAGGAGAGGAGGAACUGUGUAUUAUUUCGUUCUUAACCUCUUGCUUGCAGACCUGCUAAUCGGGAUCUUCUGCACUCCUUUCACCCUGGUUGAAAACACCCAAGAAGACCAGAGCCUGAGCAGGGUCCUGUGCAGGAUGACUCCGCUGGUGGAGGGCGUGGUCGUCUGUGGGUCAGCCUUCACUCUGGCAGCCAUCGCCGUUACAAGAUACAGCCAGCGGAAGCAUCAGGUAUCUAUGCAGGCGCCAGACGUCAGCGCCAAGACAAUAGCAUUCGUACUCUGCUGUAUUUGGACAAUAGCGAUCGCCAUCAACAUCCCACAAGCCUUUGCCCGAGAUUUGCUUCUGACGUCACGUCCGUCUGGUGAGAUGUUCACGUGUCAGGAGACCUGGAGCAACAGCCGGGCGUACCUACUCUACAAGGGGGUGCUCGUUGCUUUAGGUUUCCCAGGCCCCUUGCUUUUUAUAGUCUUCGCGCAUGUUGUUGGAGUGACUGGGUUAUCUGGGCUGAAGAAAAAUGAAGAUGGCAUGACGUUUAAAGUCACAGUGGGGAAUAAGGGCAUGCACGAGAGGCGCUCCAGAGAUCAGUCAACUGAGUGUUCGGAAGAAACAGUAAUAUCGCCGGACAGGGGAUCAAAUUCCGAGGAGAGGAACCGACUCUUCGGAGGCACGGAUGGCGACUUUAUGGUACCAGAAGGUCCUCAUAAAGAUUUAUCGGUUUCGUCUUCAAUCAACGAGACUGGAGACAUCAAUACUGUUGCCUGCUGUGCUGGCACGUCUUGCAAUAACUGCGAAGCUUCAAAGCCCGCCUUUCCCGGAGGCCAUGCGGGAACUGCCUGGUCGUCGCCGCCUCGCGUCUUAUCUGCAGACUACAGCCUGAUGCUGCCAACGUCCUGCAUUGACACCGUGGAGGUGAUGUGUUCCAGUGCCCCAAAUACCUUACCGGGCGAGGGUGUCUCCUCUCAUACAACGAAUUCUGUGGAGCAAUCGCAGUCGUUUAUUCCUAUUUCAGGCACUCCCAUGUCCGAAGAAUCCGCAUCAGACAAAUCUGCAGCAGAGGUAGAAACGCCAGAAGAAGAGCAAAGAGAAGAGGAGGAGGAGGAGCAGGCGGAGGAGAUGAAGACAGAGAUGGAGGAAGAAAAUCCCGUUACCUGGAUUUGA